UCCACCCAUCAAGACAGACCUUGCUUGGACCGGCGCUAGCAGCCUGCUACAGAACGAGAAAUAAAACAGCAUUUAUAAAGAAAAUUAACAUUUAAUGGGGGAGGGGUCUAUCUUUAGCAUGGAUCAACCAACCCGUACGUGCAUAAAGUAACACCCUUUUGACGCGCUGUCCAGGUUCACAACUUUCUCCCAGUGUGAAAAGUAUCGCAAACUUUCACAGAUGCUUUCCUGUGAUCCGUCGGCUUCACUUAAAGUUUAUUAACUCGGUUUUUGGAUUUGAAUAGAUUAGGUGCUUUUUUUCCCCUCCGCACUCCCCUGUCUUUCAAGAACACAAUUGACAAUGUGUUUUCAAUUACUCCCAGGAAUAGGACGCUCGCUCGCGCGUUCCGCCGCUCGCAGGCGCGCGUGACGUCACGCGCAGACAGCGGUCCUCCUCUGUGCAGGAGAGCGGUACUUCUCCGCGGCUGUGGCAAGAGAGCUGGACAGCGGGAAGCAGAAGGGGACACCUAACUUUUUUUCCUGCUGAAAUUCCAUCACUGAAAUACUUUCGGAGGACUAAAAUGAUCAUACAACGUAACUCUGGAUUUGACUGGAAAAUUCAUCAACAGCCCAUGCAUCCCUGACGGUUUUUUUUGUGAAUAACAGGACUUCAAUCUCUGGGAACUGUAUUCCGUCUCAUAUCAAAAGUUGUCCUUUUUUGGAGUUACAAGGCACAUCUCUGGUAUCACCAACCUUCUUGCUGCCUUGACCUCGAUUCUUGACCCUUCAAGAUGGACGUAGAGGAUGGCCAGUGUUACUACAAUGAGACCAUCGCCUUCUUCUACAACCGCAGCGGCAAGUACCUGGCCCAGAACUGGAAUGCGGUCAGCACGCUGGUUAUGGGUCUGGGUAUCACAGUCUGCAUAUUCAUCAUGCUGGCCAACCUCCUGGUCAUGGUCGCCAUCUACGUCAACCGGCGUUUCCACUUCCCGAUCUACUACCUGAUGGCCAACCUGGCCGCGGCCGACUUCUUCGCCGGGCUGGCCUACUUCUACCUGAUGUUCAACACGGGCCCCAACACGCGGCGACUGACCGUCAGCACGUGGCUGCUGCGGCAGGGUCUGAUCGACACGAGCCUGACUGCGUCGGUGGCCAACCUCCUGGCCAUCGCCAUCGAGCGCCACAUCACGGUCUUCCGCAUGCAGCUGCACACGCGCAUGAGUAACCGGCGCGUGGUGGUGGUCAUCGUCAUUAUCUGGACCAUGUCCAUCGUCAUGGGCGCCAUCCCCAGCGUGGGCUGGAACUGCAUCUGCCAGGUCAGCACCUGCUCCAACAUGGCUCCGCUCUACAGCAACUCCUACCUGAUCUUCUGGGCCAUCUUCAACCUGGUCACCUUCGUGGUGAUGGUGGUGCUGUACGCCCACAUCUUUGUGUACGUGCGCCAGCGCACCAUGCGCAUGUCCCGGCACAGCUCCGGGCCUCGGCGGAACCGCGACACCAUGAUGAGCCUGCUAAAAACGGUCGUCAUCGUUUUAGGUGCCUUCAUCAUCUGCUGGACCCCUGGCCUAGUGCUGCUGCUGUUGGACGUCUUCUGCACAGACUGCAAUGUGCUCUCCUUCGAGAAGUUCUUCCUGCUCCUGGCGGAGUUCAACUCGGCCAUGAACCCCAUCAUCUACUCGUACCGCGACAAGGAGAUGAGCGUCACCUUCAAGCAAAUCCUGUGCUGCCAGAGGCAGGAGAACGUCAACGGCACCGCCGAGGGCUCUGACCGGUCCGCCUCGUCCAUCAACCACACCGUCCUCAGUGGCCCCCACAACAACGACCAUUCAGUGGUGUGAUGGGUCUGACUGGACCACGGGCACAUCUGGCCCAGACAAGGCCAAAGCAGAGAGCCGUGAUGGAGAUGCUUGAGUGACAGGCAGGGAUUCAGGUGUUUCAGCGGCAAAGACUUUUUUCUUUUUUUUGUAAUUUUUUCUUUCAGUGUUUUGUAAGGUUUUGUUUUUUUUAAUGUUUUUGCUUGAUUUCUGAUUGUGUUUUUUGUUUUGUUUUUGUUUUGUUUUUAUUAUUUUUGAUGAAUUGUUGACACUAUGAACUAUUUAAGGAUUUGUCUCUCUGAUGUGAAGGAUAAGCCAGUAUAACCGCUUCCACUAGAUUCCGUCCAUUUUCACAUUCCUCAGUGUUGUCAAAGUCGGAAGAGUUAUAGAUAAAGGAGAGAGAACCUGACCAGAGUUGGAAGACUUUAGAUGAGGAAGUAAGAACCUGGCCAGUGAUUAAAACAUCCUUCAGAGCUGGGUGUGAAGUGCAGAGAUCUGGCUGUACACCUGCGGGGGAGUCUCAAGAUACAAAAGCAGAGCUACUGCGUUAUCUGACCACUGCACUGGUGAAAAGCUGAAAUGCUAAUUAAAGGUGUUUCUUGUGAUGUUAAUCUCCAUCAAAUUUAGCUGUCACAGAAUUCCAUCCCCUCCCGUCAAUGUGCUCUGCAUUGAGAACAUUUUGUUAAUAAUCAGAAUUCCCAAUUAUUUUACUUAAUUAUAUGUUUCCAGGUCUUACUCAGGAUGGCGAUAUAGCUAACACAGAAAUCUCCUUUUGUAAGAUGAGGAAGUGAUUGAAGGUUGCUAUUUUAUUUCUGUUUCAUGUAUUUCAUUUUUGGUGCUGUGACCAUUAUUCUUUUUUCACUAACAGAAAGAAAUCACAGAAGAAAAAAAACGUUUUCGAUACUUUGGUUACCUUAUCAGAUAGUGUAGCUAAAUCUAGCAUUAAGAACCAAUGCAAGGUGUUACCAAAUCCAUUAACGCACCAAUGGUGUCUGUCUGAACAUCUGACUGAUGGGUCAGGAUCCGGGAUCUGGGCCAUAUAAGGAUCGAGAUUAGGAUCCAGUUUAAGAUCCAGAUUAAGAUCCAGAUGCGGGCCACAUUCCACAUAUGCUAUCCAGAUUCUCUGGUUACGGACAUAGACAUAGACAAACCACCACAAGCCUUAAUCCAGUUAAUGUCACAAGCUAUCACAUGGCUGAGAUAGGUGACAUAUUCCAGUCAUGCCUUAUCCUGAAGGAUUGCACCAUAGAAUUGAUUUUUUUCGUAGUAAAAUCGUAGCUAAUGUUAAUAAAAAAUUGUUCUGUACAAUUAUUCUUUUUAUAUGAGUACCACAGUGAUGUUGACAAACAACAUUACCAAAGGAUUAAAGACCUUCUAGAAAAUUAAACUUGAAUUUUGAUAUUUAUAUACGUUGUUAAUGAACAAAAAAUAAUUUGCAUAUGCAAAUUGAAGAAAUUAAUUGAUGGCUGAAAAUUUAAUCGUGACAAAAUUUCAAAUGUAAACAAAUUUGACAUACUUUAAAUGGCUCCAUUUAAAUAGCACGUCUAACAUUAAGGUAGCUAUAUAUAACUGCUUGCAGCAUUUAAUCUUUUGAUUUUGCACUACACUGGUCAGUAUUGGAUUCAUGAGACCACUAGCAAGUGGUUUUAACAUUUGAGCAAAACUGCUCUGUCCCACUUAGCUACAUAAUGCCUGUACAUUUCAUUCUUUGAGCAAAAGUGUAUCUCACUUACUGUAGCCACAUUGUGCUUGUACGUUUCCAUUCAUUGAGCAAAACUGUUCUUUCCCACUUAGCUACAUAAUGCUAGUAUGCUAAAUUGUCCUGAUGUGGGACACCUAAGCUCCAGUGGGUGUGGUUCCUCCCCAAACUAAUGAAUGUCAGUGAACUAUGAGAAACCCAAAGCUGUAGGGUCCUGUGGUCAAAGGAUUUAAUGUGUUGACUUUAAAUGUGUUUAAAUUUUAGCCUAAUAUAGCCUACUACAGAAGUCCGAAAAGCAAAAAAAUGUCCCACAUUAGGGCAAUCUAUCCUACAUUUCCAUUCUUUGAGCGAAACUGCUCUUUCCAACUUAGCUUGUACCUUUCCAUUCUUUGCACUGACAUGAUAACUUCCUGCUUUAGCAGCAACACAUGUUUGAACUGCGUAGCGACAGUUAACAAUAGCCUUCAUUAUCUACACUGUGCAUCAUCCUUUGUUUCUUUCAGUCUGUUCUGCCAGUCCUUUGAAUGAGUGCUAUCUAACAAUCUAGUUGGCUUUGCUAAAUAUUUCACCUAAACACCUGUUACUUUUUCCUUAUAAUGUAAACCAUCUUUGUAGAUUUGGUAUAGCUGUCUUACUAACCCAAAACAUGUUCAGGGACUCAAAGUCAUGGACUGAUUAACACGUAAUACCACAUUUUUUCUCUCUCGCUUUUUAAUUUCUGUUGAGUGUUAACAUGGACCCACGUGGACAUCAUCCUUUAUAAGGCUUGUAAAUGUGAUGGUUGUAAUUAUAGAUUAUCAAAUUGACAGGGAGGCUACAAAGGGCACGUAACUGAAGCGUUCCGUUCGCAGAGCGUCUGCUGGAACAAGUACUUUCCACUAUUAACCUUAUUCCGUGCGCAAACAGGGGGGACGCAAUCUUUGUCCGCUUUGUGUUCGACCUUCCUGUUGAGCAGUA